UCCUUAGUGCUCUUGCUGAGAAGCUUGGUAUCUAUACUCACCAGUCCUGCAGCCUGGCUGGCUGUGCUCUUUUUUGUGACAUACUCUGUGUUGGUAUUGUGGUAAUGCCAGCGUCUUAGGAUGAGUUUGAUGCCCCUUCACUUUCUAAAUGUGUAGUGGUGUAAUGGGAGUAGUAUUGCUGUUUUACAGUUUGAGGAAUAUUGCUGUUAGCUUUCUCAAAGGUUUGACAGAACCUGACAGUGAGUCUGUUAUUUCUGAUAUUUUACUUUGUGACGCUUUUAAUUACUGCUCCAGUCUCAGUUGAUACAGAUUUGUUUAAGUUGUUGGUAUCAUCUCUGAUUUAAUCUUAGUAGGUUUUGUGUCUACAUUUCUUACAGAUUAUGCAGGCUUGGGGUAUUUACAUCUCAAAAUAUUCUGCAACAAGCCUCUGGAUUUCAUUGGGAUCUGUUAUAAGUUUUCCCUUCAUUUCUGAUUUCAUUAAAGUGGGUUUUUCUCUGAUUUGGUUAAGCGUUUGUCAAUCUCAUUUACCUUCUCAAAGAACCACCUUUUUGUUUAAUUUCAUUUAUUGUUCCUUAGUCUCCAUUUCAUUCAUUUUUUCCCUAGUCUUUAUUAUUUCUUCUUAUUUUUAGGACUCAAUGUACAUCAUUAUGUUAUUUAUUUAAGAUCUCUUCUCCAGUGUGAGCACCCAUAGCUUUAAACUGGUCUUAGGAAGUUAUAUCACUUGGUUAUAUAACAAAAGUUCUGGGAAGUUGUUUUUUUAAUUUUCAUUUGCUUCUAUAAAAAUUUUAAAUGUUCAUGUUGAUUCCUUAGUGACCUACUGGUCAUCAGGAAUGUAUAGUUCAACCUCCAAGUAUUUGUAUAGUUUCUUUUGCUUCUGUUGUCUUUGAUGUCUAGUUUUAGUUCACUGUUGCCUGAUGAGAUUCAAGAGAUUGUUUCUGUUGUUUCACAUUUAAAUUUUUCUCUGUGACCUAGCAUGUCAUCUAUUUUAGCGAUGGCUACGUGAACUGAGGAGACUGUACUGUUUCUGUUAGAUGGGAUAGUCUUAGGUAGGUUUUCAACUUGAUUGAUGAUGUAAUAACUCUGAAGUAUCUGUUCAAUACAAUCUGUGCAUAUAUAUUUAAAAUUGUUACAUCUUCUUCAUCAGUUAUUCCCUUUUGUUGUGUAGCAGUUUCUUCCAACUGAGAAUAAUCCUGGAGUUGAUAGCUCCAAGCGUGGGUCCACCUGUAUGCCUUUCAUUACUGUAGAUUCAGAAAUCUUUGAUGCUCCAGCCAAAAACUCAAGCAUCUGCAUCCUUCCAGCUCCCUACGCCCAGUGCAUUUGGGAAACACCCUUCAGAUUGAACAUUGCCUCCCCAGAGAAGGAUAUAUAACUUGGGGAGUUUGGGGAAAGUAGGAGGACCUGCCCAGCUGAUGGGCUGUGAAGCCAAGCGGACCUGCCAGCCAAGCUUAGCUUUCUUUACCGUAGUUGGCAUUCCCUUUCCUUUGGGGCUUCCCAUGUGUGAAGCUGCAUUUUCCACGCAUUGCCCAUCUUUUUCUUAGCCUCCUGUGCCAUUAUAUCACCAGUUUGUACAUUUCCAAAGCUCCUUUUUUGCAUUGGAAUAGUCUAUUCUUGCACUGGUUUUUCUUCUCAAGGUCUUAUUUGGAGGGUCACAAAGCUAGCAGUAUACUGUCCUCUGCAAAGCACACCUGAUAAGCAGCCUAUCCAGGGGAAGGGACUAGCUAGCUUCUAACACUCCAACACAGAGACAGUGACAGCAGGUUUCAACAGUGCAAAGGAUUCUGCUUGGGGCUUUGCUGAUGCCCCAAGCAGCCAGAGGAGUUGUUCUAUGUCAUUUCGGUACACUGAAGAGAAGGCUGAAACUCUUUCCUUACUGUUUGACCAUAGGUCUUUUGCUUGAGAAGAGGGCUUUGACAGCAUUAGCUCACUUUUUAAUUUACUGUAUCAAAAUUUACUUCUAUUAAUCUUACCAUCUUUCAAAGCUAUGUACCAGGUGCUAUAAUUAGGGGCAAAGACAAAGUCUAAUAGGGAAAGUGGAAAUGACCACUUUUCUAAGCAAGACACAAAGCAGAGAAGUGAGCAUUAAAAGAAAAAAGUGUGCAGUUAGCAAAGAUGUAGCCUUGCCUGCACUGUGAAUAUGUUAUAAGCAGUAACUAUUUAUUUUAGUUCAUUCUUUUGUGAGAAACAGAGAACAUCAAAAGAGGAGUUCAUGGUCAAGGAACCUGCUCCUUAGCUAGGAGGCAAAGAGUAGAAGCGGAAAGGUUGGUCCCAGUAACCAUCAAGGGUACACACCACGAGUGACUUGUUAGGGUUCUGCUAUUUGCCCAAAGUCACAGGCUGGGGAUAAAGCCUUCUGCAUGUGGACCUUUGGGGGAUGUACAGGAUCCAAACUGUAGCAUUUCAUCCCUGGCCUCAACAGUAUCAGCAGCAUCUGCCUUGGGCACUUCCUCCUACUGAGAAACAUUGUUUUUACUUCUCUGACAGCUGCCCUGUCCCCCUUCCUGAUAUGCCACAGGCCCUAUCUUAGCAUUCUGUUCUAGGUGCUCCUCUUGUGCUUGCUCAGAGCCCUUUUCCUUUGCCUGUCCUGGGAAUCUGUUCCAGUCCUGUGGUUUUAGAUGCUGUGGUCUUUUAUGUCAUUGACACUCAAAUCCUCCUAAUGCCAGGCUUACCCUCUUCAGUGAUGUAAGAAACAUCACACGACCAAACAUGAGUUGUACUUUCACCACAUAUAAAACCUGUUUCUUCUGGUUUCUUCUGUCAUCUACACUUUAGUAAAUAAUAUGCCAACCAGUAUGUAUUUGAUUGAAACCAUCCUCUAGAUUGGAGAUCUCUUUAACCUUUAGUGCAUAACCAAAUGCCUAGAAAAUUCUUACUGCUUUGAAUUAUUUCAAUGGUUGCAUUUACACAGUUUCUUACAACAUGAAGCAUCUUGAUGCCCCUUAUAUAAUGUGUAUGCUUUUAUGUCUUCAGUAUUGACUUCCAGAGACUCGUGGCAGGCAUGACUCUGGAGAAGUAAUUGAGAAGUACAUCCUGAUCUGUAGGCAGAGAGACAGAGACAGAUUGGGCCUGGCUUGGGCUUUUGUGAUCUCAAAGUCCAAUGACAUAUGUCUUCCAACAAAGCCAUGCCUCUAAAUCCUUUCAAACAGUUCCACUCCCUGCUGACUGAGUAUUAAAAUACAUGAGCUUGUGGGAGCCAUUUUUCUUUACAGCUCCACAAAGAAACCAGGACUAUCCCAGAAAAUACUGCAGAAGGGACUAUAGGAUAAAUAUGGAACUGUCCUCCUGGAAUUCUGGUGCUCUUGAGAAACUUCAUGAAUAGAAGAUAAAAGUAGAACAUCCAUGAACAUAGCAGACCUGAAUUUUCAGUCGUGUGAAGAGAAGAGGAAAAAGGAGGGGGGAAGAGAAAGAAAAGUUAUAUGGUCCGUCAGCCUGUCGUAUGCACCAACAACCAUGUGUUCUGUUCCGUUUGUAUCGACUUGUGGUUGAAGAAUAACAGUCAGUGUCCAGCCUGCAGAGUCCCUAUCACUCCUGAAAACCCUUGCAAAGAGAUUAUUGGAGGGACAAGUGAAAGUGAGCCUAUGCUGAGUCAUACAGUCAGGAAGCACCUUCGGAAAACCCGGCUGGAGCUACUCCAUAAAGAGUAUGAGGAUGAAAUAGAUUGUUUGCAGAAAGAGGUAGAAGAACUUAAAAGUAAAAAUCUCAGCUUGGAGUCACAGAUCAAGACCAUUCUGGAUCCAUUAGCUUUGAUGCAGGGCAGUCAAAACGAAGACAAACACCCAAUGGCCGAUAAUUCAAGUAAAAGUGACCCGGAAGCAGUAGUAGAGUGGAAGAAAAAGUUGAGAACAGCUAACGAAAUAUAUGAAAAAGUAAAAGAUGAUGUGGAUAAGUUAAAAGAGGCAAAUAAAAAAUUGAAGUUGGAAAAUGGUGGCCUGUUGAGGGAGAAUCUACGGCUGAAGGCAGAAGUUGACAACAGAUCUCCCCAAAAGUUUGGAAGGUUUACAGUUGCUGCUCUUCAGUCCAAAGUAGAACAGUAUGAACGUGAAACCAACCGCCUCAAGAAAGCUCUCGAACGCAGCGAUAAAUAUAUAGAGGAACUAGAGUCUCAGGUAGCACACCUGAAACACUCAGAGGAGGCAAAGGAAGAUAUGGAUGCCCUCUGCCAGAGUGCACCCUCAGCAGAUGCCAAGGGGCCCAGUGGCAGCGAUGAGGUUGUACCACCACAGAAUCAGAGUGACAGUGGCAGAAAGCAGGCUGGCUCAGCCAGUGCUUCUCACCUGUCCACACCUUCUAGCAGCAGACUAGCUGACAACAGUUCUGUCAGACAGGAGAGCACCAGCAGGACUGAACCAAACUGUCCCCAAAACAAAGACAGAUACGCCCAGCCUACAGAGCCACAGCUGGGUGUGAGAGGGACUCCAAUGGAGACUUAUGUGGAAAGAGAGUGGGGCAGCAAGCCAAGUGACUGUGCACCUUACAAAGAGGAAGAGCUUUAUGGUCUCCCGGCUGCCUGCACUCCCUUGUCACUUAGCUGCCUUCAGCUGAGCACCCCAGAGAACAGAGAGAACCCUGUGAUCAAAGCAGGGAGCUCCAAGAAGCACGCAAACCAUCUCAGAAAACUGGUAUUUGAUGAUUUCUGUGAUUCUCCAAAUGCCUGUAAUAACCAUUCUUCAGAGGAUGAUAGAAGGGAAAGUGAAAAGAAACCAGAGUGUUUUGCUUCCUCGAAGGCAAGGUUUUGGGAUUGUUGCUCCACAAGCUAUGCCCAGAGCUUGGAGUUUGACAGUUCAGAGGGGAAUACAAUAGCAAAUUCUGUUGGGGAAAUACCUUCAAAAUUGAGCGAGAAGUCAGGAUCAUGCUUGUCCAAGAGACUGAGUUGUAUUCGCUUCCUCGAAAUGAAUCGAACAAGAACAUCCAGUGAGGCAUCCAUGGAUGCUGCUUACUUUGACAAAAUCUCUGAGCUGGAUUCCAUGAUGUCAGAGUCUGACAACAGCAAUAGCCCUUGUAAUAACGGUUUUAAAUUGGUAGAGUUGGAGGGGUCCUCAAAGUCACCUCAAGGCAGGGAGUUUCUUGAGGAACCUGACAAGUUACAAGAUGGAAGUAAACUGAAUCUUUCCAAAACUGCUCUCCCACCUGACGGGUUAGACAGUGGGAGUGAGUGGAAACCCAGCUCUUUUUUUCUCCUUUCUCCAGCUGACCAUGAGAUGAGUGAAGAUUUUUCUCUCCACUCCACUUCUCAUUCAGGAACUAGUGAUGUCAAACCCCAGAACUGUUUGUUUCAGACAGAGUUUUCCCAGGGUGUUCUGUUAAGCAGUUCCCAAGGAUUAUUUGAGGAUCAGAGGUUUGGAUCUUCUUUAUUUAAGAUGUCCUCAGAGAUGCAGAGCCUCCACAGCCCCCUUCAGUCUCCUUGGUCUGCUGCCUUCGUGCCUGAAAAGAGGGGUAAGAAUGGGAACCAGUCAACCAAGAGGAAGAUCCAGAGCAGCCUUUCCAACGCCAGCCCGUCCAAAGCCACCAAAAGCUGACUCACCAGAGAGAUUGCCUUGCAAGCAAGGGGUGGGGGUGUUUUCAGUGUCACUGUAGUCACUUCACUUCGUGAAGGUUCUAUACAUUCCUGAACUGAUAAUCUUCAGUCAAGUGUCAAUCAGAAUGGUUUGCCUGUCUCCAGGGUACUUCUUCUUGAAGAAACUUUGGUCUGUUACUUCCGUUUGGUCAUCCUUUUAAUUUGAGGGCUUAGGGGGAAAGUCUGGUUUGUCUCUGUGUUGUCUGUCCUGCUUUUAAUGAAUGUUGUAUGUAUCUGGGUUGGCUCAAUGGCUUUUUUCUCAGAUCUGACUUGUUAGAUAUGGUGGCCUGCUAAGACUCAACUGCCUUCAGAACUUAUGUUUCUUAGAACAUUUGGUAUUGCUAUUUUAUUCUUUAAAGCUUUACCUAGAAU